GGGAAUUCUGCGUGUUAUAAGGGUGCGCGCGUGCAGCGAGGACCUUCUGUCCGCUAGUUUUCCAUAUGCAUAUUUGAUUUUUUUUUAAAUCAGAUCCUAUUAAACCGUAUAAGCUUUACGGUAAUAGUUACAUAAUGCAGAUCGCUGAACUGCGUUACCAUUUUUCCAAAUUGGCCACACAUUCCCUACUUCUAAAACACUGAGCAAUAAAAUAAUUAUUGCUUAUUUCAGUACCAGUCGCGGUACGCGCAUUGCAUUCAGUCCGGAUGAUCCCGAUUUACCCACACGUAUGGGCCAUUGUGAGCUUCCGAUUCAGAGAGAAAAAUCCGAAGAAUAGAAUUAAUAACUUGCCAUGGCAUCAAGGAGACGAAUUGGAAUCGUUGGAUUUGGCAAAAUUGGUAAAUACCUAUUUGAUAACAUCAAGGACAGAGAUGAUUUUGAGAUUGUGUUUGUGUGGAACCGGUCUAUUUCAGCCAUGGAUGGGAUUGUUCCACCUUCCCUAGUUCUGGAAGAUUUAAGUAAAUUUGCUACAAGAAAUGCUGACCUGAUAAUUGAAGUUGCCCAUCCAUGUAUAUCUGAAAAAUAUGGAGCAGAUUUCGUAGCAAGUGCAGAUUAUUUUGUUGGUUCACCCACAGCCCUUGCAGAUCUGCAUGUUGAGAAGAAACUUCGUAAUGGUGCCAUUAAAAAUGGCCUCUACAUUCCAAGUGGUGCAUUAUGGGGAGGGCAUGACAUCCAAAAGAUGGCUGACAGAGGAACCUUGCAGGGGCUGAAAAUCACGAUGACGAAGCAUCCUGAUGCAUUCCGUUUGGAAAGUCCACUAAAGGAAGUCAAUGAAUCAGUUCAAGAACCAACUGUGUUAUAUGAUGGUCCUGUGAAAGACCUCUGUCCUCUUGCUCCUAACAAUGUCAACACAAUGGCUGCUGCAUGUAUGAUGGCACAUAACCUUGGUUUUGAGAAGGUCCAAGGAUGUAUCACUUCAGAUCCCAAUGCCCGUGACUAUCAUCUGAUUCAGAUUGAUGUUAUUGGACCUGGGGAUGUGAGUGCUGGGAAAGCCUUCACAGUCUCUACGACAAGAAAAAGCCCAGCAACAUACAAGGCCGUCACCAGUAAUGCGACUUAUGUUUCUUUCUUCAGUAGUGUAUUAAGGGCAAGAGGACAAGGGGCUGGUGUUCAUCUCUGUUAAGGUGUGAUUUCUUUCAGCAUUUCAAUCCUGCCUACCAACCAACAUUCCAAUCUUCUGUGGGAAUGACAAUCUUUGACUGCACAUUGAACGAUGUGACAAUAAAUGACUUUACCCAACUUGUUUGUUACAUCGCCAGUGAAUGAUAUCUCACACCAUCAUAUGAUAUGUCACCCCUUGAGACUUUAAUGUGGAAAUGGAAAGGCAAGUAAUUUAUUGCUAGCCCCACUUUAAUACUGCAGUACCCUUCUAAGUAAAAUGUUUAUGGGGCCAAUAUUUGGCUAAUCAGUUCUUUGGUCUAGUCACAGUGUGUUGCAUGAAAUCCCUUUUUUAGAAUAUCGUUUAAAAUCUUGUCUUGUAUCUUUGCACCGGAGAUGGUGGUUUUGGAUUAUGCCUUCAUUAAUCAUGUAUGAAUAGGCGUAAACAAAAUCUUGCUAUGGAUACUUCCUGAAAAGAAAAGGGAAGUAGUAAAUAUUUCCCUCUUAAAUUCUUGAUCAGAUGUGUCCAGAAAUCCCCUUCAAUUUAGAUGAAGACCCAAAUUAAAUUUUCAGUGAAGCAAAAUGACCGCAAAUCUGCGAUUAUAACAACAUUUUUAACUGUAGCCUGCCAAGUUUCUUUUUAGCCCUUCCUCUAGUCCCGCCAUAAUGUAGGUCAUGUCUUUAGAUCAUAGACGGAUUACACCGACCAUUACUCAAAGUGUCCUAAAAUAGAGGUUUCAGUACAAAUGAGCAGUGUUUUGUCAUGCAAUGAGUAAGAUUAGAUGUGUCACAUUUGAGGAUGUGAAUUGAUUAUGUAUGCAGAAUGGGGAAAAAUAAAUUUUCAUUGUUGGUAUGAAUAUGUGCAGAAACCUCUUCAUGUUAAUCUAAGAAUACUGGAGUGUAGCAUAGAUUUAAUCUUCAAUGUUAUGCACCAUAAGUGUAUUUUAUAUUAUGAGCUGCAGAAGUCUAUUAUUUGAAAUCAGUAUUAUCACAUAUGAUGGAGAAUGUUGUCUUAUUUUUGUAACUGUUGUAAAUAAUAGUAAAAAAAAAAAAAAAUGUACAUUGCCAAUAGUAUAGUUCUGUGUGUAUCAUGAUUCUUUUUUAAAUUCGAGAAUUCCUUUCUCAGCAAAUUGAUACAAAUUGUUUUACAACACACAUGUAUCCAGAAUUUCAAUGGACCUACAGCUCGGUAAGUUAUUCAAUGAUUCAAGCCAUUUACAUUAUAUACAUUCACAACCUUGCAUCUUUUCAUUAGAAAAAAAAUAUUCACAUUUCAUUUCUUUAAUUCUUCAAUUCUUUAUUUUCUCAAAUCUCUACCAACAUAUUUUCUGUUAGACAUUAGAGGAUAAGUAAAAAGAAAAUAGAAUCAAUUUAAAAUACAAUGUAUAUACAUUCAUUCUUUGUAGGAAACUUAAACAAGUAAAUGAUACAACUUUGUUCUCAUUGCAAACGUAAUGAAAUAGAAAAGUGUAUUUACUACUGCUUCUGCCAAAGUACUUUAUAAGAUGUAGAUAAUUUUGUAAGCAAUACUCUUCAUAUAAAGUAAUCAUAUUUCAAUUCAUUUAGAUUAAAUCAGAUAUAUAUAUAUACAGUGCGUCCCAAAAAAAACUAUACACUUUUGAAAUGGCUGCCAAAUAAAAAAUAUAGCACUUUGGGGGAAAUAACUCAUAGAUAUGGAAAGCCAAUAACGUCAACUUUCAAGUGACACCAAAAAGUUGGAAAACUAUUUAUGCUUGAGCGAGCACUGCCCACUGAAACAAAGGGUAUGAAAAUUAGGGUGGGCCGGAAUUAGCCUUCCAAUUUCUUUCAGGUUUUUUGUUUGGUACUUGCAAAGUUGAGGGUUAUUUGGUGAAUUAAAGAUCAGUUGUGAUCAGUUUGUUGUUUUUGAAAAUUUAAUGCGUUACUAAAUUGAAUUUAUUACAUUGAAAUUUAAUGCA